AUGUCUUCUCGCCUUGAUAAAAUUUCUGCUUUUACUAAAGUUGUCGCCGAUACUGGAGACUUUGAGUCUAUUCGCGCUUAUAAGCCUGUGGAUGCUACCACCAAUCCCAGUCUUAUUCUUGCCGCUGCCACCAAGCCUGAGUAUUCUCACAUCGUGGAUGCUGCCAUCAAAUACGCUAGAGAGCAUGCUGGUGAGGAUAAGAAGCUGCUGAUGGAAGUUCUUAUUGACAAGCUGAGUGUUCUCUUUGGAAAGGCAAUUCUUGAAAUUGUCCCUGGUCUCGUUUCGACCGAAGUGGAUGCUCGCCUCAGCUUCGAUACUCAGAAGAUGAUUGCUAAGGCUCGCACGUUAAUUAAGAUGUACGAGGAGGAAGGAAUCAGCAAGGAUCGUAUCUUGAUUAAGCUUGCUACCACCUGGGAGGGUAUUGAAGCUGCUCGUGUGUUGGAAGCCGAAGGAAUUCACUGCAACCUCACUCUGCUGUUCUCCUUCUGCCAGGCUGUUGCUGCCGCUCAGGUGAAGGCCACGCUGAUCAGUCCCUUCGUGGGUCGCAUUCGCGACUGGUACAUGAAGAAGGAGGGCCGCAAGGAGCCUUAUCCCGCCCUGGAAGAUCCCGGUGUGAAGAGUGUGCGCCAGAUCUACGCGUACUAUAAAAAGAACGGAAUCAAGACGGUGGUGAUGGGUGCUUCGUUCCGUUCGGUGGAAGAAAUCUUGGGCGUGGCUGGUUGCGAUAAGCUCACCAUCGCUCCCAAGUUGCUGCAGGAGCUCAGCGAGUCGCAGGAGGAGCUGCCUUAUGAGCCUCUGUCUGCGGAGAACUGUCCUUCGGAUCAGGAGUACUUCGAGGUGGAUGAGAGCACGUUCCGCUGGAUGCUGAAUGAGGAUACGAUGGCUACUGAUUUGCUGAGUGAUGGAAUCCGCCGCUUUGCUGCAGAUACGAGAAAGCUGGAGUCGAUUCUGCUGACGAAGCUGUAA